UCAUGCUCAGAUCGAUCUAUCCCGUGGCAUUGGCGGGAAACCUGCGUUGAUGUCUAACAUCCUACGCACUCUAUUGCUCUUACCAGCAACACCCAUUCCACUUCCGUCAUUUCUGUUCGCGUUUUUCAGUCAUUCUUCCAUUGCUUCUUCGGCUUUAAUCAGGGUAUUUGAUUAGGUUUUUGUUUAUUUUUGCGAGCUUCCGGAUAUGGAGAUGGAGACUGAGGAAAGGAAAGCGCUUGUGCUGGAUGCCUAUGAUUACAAGGGUGCUCCGGCAGAUAGGGCUCAAACUGGUGGUUGGGUUUCUGCAGCUACGAUCCUUGGUAUUGAAGUAUCCGAAAGGUUUACCACGAUGGGAAUUGCAGUGAACCUGGUGACAUAUCUAGAUAACACAAUGCAUCAACCUAGUGCAACCUCUUCAACUAUUGUAGCCAAUUUCUCAGGCGUAUCUUUUCUUCUGUGCUUGUUGGGAGGCUGUGUCGCUGAUUCUUUUCUAGGCCGGUAUUGGACCAUAGCCAUUUUUGCAGUAAUUGAAGCACUGGGUGCAUGCGUCUUAGCCAUCUCCGCAACACUGUCACACCUGCGCCCGCCUCCUUGCAACCCUUCGGUAGCUAUCAAGUGCGUAAAAGCCAACAAUUUGCAAAUGGGUGUUUUCUUUUUAGGUCUAUUUGCAAUGGCACUCGGAAUUGGGGGAGUUAAAUCCAGUGUUUCGGCACUAGGGACAGACCAGUUUGAUCAGACGGAUGAGAAGGAAAAAACUCAAAUGGAAUACUUCUUUAACAGAUUUUACUUCCUCAUCAAUAUUGGAACUAUUCUAGCUGUUACGUUACUUGUUUACAUACAAGACGAAGUGAGUCGCGGUGUGGGAUAUGGGAUUUGUUCGGCUGCUAUGCUUAUGGCAGUCAUAGUAUUUUUAUCGAGAACUAGAAGAUAUAGGUAUAAGAAACUUACGGGAAGCCCAUUGAUUCAAGUUAUUCAAGUCAUCGUGGCUGCGAUAAAGAAAAGAAAGCUUGAGUUUCCAUCUGAUUUAAGCUUAUUGUAUGAGGAUUCUUCUGCAAAAUCAAAGAUUUGUCGUACAGAUCAGUUUCGGUGGUUGGACAAGGCGACUAUCAGAAGCGAUGGGGAUCUUGGAAAAAAUGGAUCAGAAACUCCAAAUCCGUUGAGACUAAGCACGGUGACAAGGGUGGAAGAGCUAAAAAUGAUGAUCAGACUACUGCCAAUUUGGGCCACAACAAUCAUUUUUUGGUGUGUUCAUGCACAAGUGAUAACUUUCUCGGUGCAGCAAGCUGCUUCUAUGGACAGAUCUAUUGGAAAAUUUCAUGUGCCAGCAGCCUCAUUUACUGUCUUCUUUAUUGGGGCAACAAUGAUCACUCUCGCCCUUUAUGACCGCCUGGUCAUGAAGAAAUCAAGAGGGAGUCGAGGUCUCACAAAUUUGCAAAAGAUAGGGCUAGGCCUUGCAAUCUCUGUAAUAGCAAUGGCAGUUGCAGCAGCUAUGGAGCAGAAGCGUUUGAAAGUUAUUAGAGCCAACAGAAACACCCCUACUUCAACUCUGCCCUUAACCGCCUUCAUAUUGAUUCCUCAGUUUGCAAUUGUUGGUAUUGCAGAGGCCUUUAUGUACAGUGGCCAGCUUGCUUUCUUCAUUAGUGAGGCACCAAAAGGGAUGAAAGCAAUCAGCAACAGCCUCUUCCUCACUACUAUAUCUUUCGGUUACUUUGUGACUACCAUCUUGGUCGACCUCAUAAAGAAAAUUACACCAGGCAAAGAUGGUGGACACGGUUGGCUAGCCCCUAAGAUUAACGACAGCAGAUUGGAUUAUUUCUAUGCUCUUAUUAGUGUGUUGAGCUUCAUCAACUUAGGACUGUAUCUUGUUUGUGCUAGAUGGUACAAGCCCAACUCCAGUGAAAAUGCCAAGGAUAGUGAUGUUAAUGCUUCUCAUGAUGAAGAAAAGCCACAGGAUGUUGCAAAUUCAUAAUUCAUUAGAUGCUUCUUAUGGAUGUCAACU